UAUACUAUGGUCGCUAUGGCCAAUAAAUGACUAUGAUGAGAGAUGAGAUUGAAUUAAAGAGUUAACGAAAGUAUUUUUGAGGCAUAAAUGUUUUUCAAAUUCAAUAACCCUAAUAAUGAUCUGCUUAAAAGUCCUCAAAACCCGAUCUGACGUGAAUUUUACUAUUACAUCUAUCCUGUUCGACGUCGUCCUAAAAUGAACUAAAUAACCACGAUGAUGACUAUACAUUAGGCGGCAUUUGAUAUGUAUUACUUGGAUACUGGGUACGUUCAGUAUUUAUGUUAUUCUAGCAGUGUUUUCAUAUCUAUGGUAUUGUCAUAUCUGUAAGCGGUUGAAUAGCAUCAAUUAUAUCUUAAAAAUAUAUGAGGGAAAAGAGAUAUUUAAUGCUAAAAAUGAGUUGUAUUUUAGCAAAAAUUGAUUUGGUAUAAUUGUAAAAUUCAUUUAAUAUUUUAAAUCAAAUGAAAUUAUUUUAAAAAUCCAAAGCAAAAAUAAUAUUUUCAUCAUAUGGCAACCUACAAGAAUUUUUAAGAUUAGGGCACAUAACCUCAAUAAACAAACUUGUCCAUAAAAGAAAAUUAUAAAUUCUCUGUGAAAAUUUUAUCAAAAUCACUCUUUAACAAACUUAUUCAGAAUAUUUUGGUGUGUAAUACGUACAAAAGAUGGCCCCAAUUCAUGGGGAAGUCGUUUUUGUGAUCAUAGACCAAAAAUAAUCCAAAAAUUUGGAAUUAGUAAAAAUUAGAACAUUUCAUAACUAUAAUUUUUUUUAUUGUUAUUACUAACUAAUGCCAGCCACUAAAAUCCGAGGUAAAUCUGCGAUUUUAGUUAACAACACGCCCACUGCCCAGACACUACUUAAAAUUGAGUCAGUAGUGCCUAAAAUAGGUUGUCGAAAUAGUAAAUUAGCCAAGAGAUCUCACAGCACUUUGAGCUCUGCUCUAGUUAAAAAACUCAAUGAAUCCCGCCGAAAUGUUCAGCUGGCUAAUGGAAAUGAUGAGAAAAACUCAACUGGAUAUGGAGUAUCUUGGAUGCAAACACAAAAUGGAAUAUGCAGAAUUCGGAGAACAGAUCAAGAUAAACUCAAACUUCCGGAUCGGAUCAAUUUGGAUAGACGGGGCCUGACCAUGAUUCCCUUUAUUGAAAAUGAACCUAACUUGCGCUUGCUUUCGCUACAGCACAAUCUCAUUAAUAUUUUCCAUGUGCCUCAAGACACAAUCGAAGAGGAGAAGAAAUUGGAAACAUCUACAGAUGUCCCAGAAACUAACAAGAAUCAUCUGAAUAAGUCACACAUUCAGCCAUCUGCACAGCAUCCUCAACCACCUUCACAAGCGCAGACAUCGGCAACAGGUGGUCCAACUGCAGGGAAACUUGUUCCUAGACAACAACUCCACCUGACUCAACGUCCAGUUAGAAGUUUUAUGCCUACUAAUCCCACGCCUUUGAUAAAUUCAAUGAAAAGUUCUAUCGGCAUAAGUUACACAAACUCAACAACAGGAUUCACAUCACCAAAUCCUGUAACUCCACUUGUGCAAAAGUCUAUUUUACUUACAGUGAAUCAGAAAAACAUACUAAAAAGAUCUAAUAGUUUCAUGGCUCCAGCACUUGCAUCAGGAACUCUCCUAGGUAAAUCAAACAUGUCGGAAAGAAAUCCUCCAGGAAAAACAAACACCCUUCCAGCAGCUACAGAGGAAAAUAGACCAGGAAGCGCCGUGGCUAUUAGUGAUACUUUCCCUGUUAGCAAAACCAACAUCCCACCAAUGCCAGAUACAGUUGAUAUGAAUGGCUUUAGUUUGAGUUUGCAGAAUCUUGUCUUUCUCGAUCUUUAUGACAAUCAAAUCGACAAAAUAACAAACUUAGACGGACUUAGGAGCUUAACAGUGUUACUUCUGGGAAAAAAUAGAAUUCAUGAUAUAUCCGGUAUAGUAUCAUUGAGAAAUACACUACGUGUGCUAGAUCUUCAUGGUAACAAAAUUUCUAGCAUUGCUCAAAAAAUCUGUCGCCUUCAGGAACUUAAAUCAUUAAAUUUGGCUGGAAAUCAGUUACGUCAUGUCAGUGCUAAUGAUUUCUCUGGGCUUUUUAAUCUUAAAGAACUUAACCUCAAGCGCAAUCGUAUAAAACGAAUUUCUGGAUUUGACGAUCUUCGCAGUCUGGAACGUCUUUGGCUAUGUCACAAUGAUCUGCAGCGCGUCGAAGAAAUGUCCUGCAUUGCUAAAGCCAUAAAUCUUAAGGAAGUUACCAUUGAAAACAAUCCUGUGUCUCUUGCGGGUGAUUGUGUAUCAUUCCUUGUCAGCUACUUGCCAUGUUUGAUAUCGCUCAGUCAAAUGCAAGUGACUGAACAAGUUAGAAGAGCUGCAAUGGCAUGGAGGAAAAAUAAAGAAACUUCUGAUUCCAACUAUGUAAGCAUUAGUAGCGAUGUAGGGCAAAGUAUUAGACGAGAAGAAGUGAUAUCUAAUGCACGAACUAAUUGGGAGCUCUUACGAUCGCAACAAUCCAAUUUGAACCGUUUGGCUAAAAAAGCGGUGGGAAGUUCUCAUUCUACAGUAAGUUCUGGACCAAAAGAAAAUGAAAUAGAGACUAUUUCAUCUGAUUGUACAUCGUCGAAAAAGACAUCUCGUCAAAAAAUUUCAUCAAUACAGAAAAAGGAAAAGAAACAUGUUAGAUGUUCUUCUCAGGAGAAUUCUUCGUCCACCGUUGAUGUAAAUGCAGAUGACUUUUUCAGACUUCCACCAAUUUUAGCUCCAUUUCUGGACAACUCAUACCCAUCACAAAAAACAUCAUCUGGAUCAAGUUUGGGACCAAAUAUUGAUUCUUGUUCUAGUUACAUCAGUUCUGACGAAGAUGGAGAUUCUCAUAAGAAACUGACCAAAAACGUCCACCGAGAUAUCCGGGAUUUUCCAGAAAAAGGUGACAAUCUUGAAAAAGAAGUCCUUACAGAAAUAAGCAAGACGAAAGACCCUGAGCAAGUAGGUUCCGAUUCCCCUGUUAAUAGUGACAUAGUAAAUACUGCUCUACCAGCUCAAGUCAUUGAGCUUACUGGUGAUGAGCCUAUAACUAAAUCAACUGAAACAUCGAAUGUGCUAGAGACUCCAAGCCCAGAGAUAAAAUCUCCUCCUGAUGAUACAGAUAAGUCACCCAUUUCUGAUGAUGUUAAUCAAUCGGACAGCAAAUCAAAUCUUUCCACUACAUCAUUCAAAUCUGAUACUUCAAUGAUGAGUAAUUCAUCAGAUGAUCAUCGUGCGACAAAACUGAAGAGUGCUAAUCCACCCAGGAAAUAUUUCCAAGGUACAUCAAUUCGUGCUCAAACCGCAAAGAACAGUUGUUUAAUGAGCGCAUCAACUGCAUCUUGUGCUAGCAAUCUGUCCAACAAUUCAGCAAAAUCUCACAAAGUACAAUCGGAUCGCGAAAGAGAGCAAGGCGGAGAUUAUUUAAUAGAAAUAUGCGGAAGAUAUUUGAAUGUGUAUGGAGUAGGGGCACUAAAGUUUAUUGACAAACAGUGGAAUGUCCAAAAAGCGAAUGAUGUACACACAGUAAAAUUUAGCUAUGUUAACUUUAAUAAUAUUUCCACAAUUCUCAACAAAGUCAAAAUUCGAUUCCCUAAUGCAGAAAACUUUAUUUUCCGAGAGACUAAUAUAAAUUGUCUUGGGCAACUUAAUGCCUUGGCAGAAAUUCAAGGAAUCAAUUCGCUCAUCAUAGAUCCAGAAGGAAAUGGUAUUUGUAGUAAAAAUUGGCGAAGUUAUGCUAUCUAUCGACUCUCACACUGGGGCCUCAAGCAGAUUAAUGGUACUGAUGUAACUCCAGAUGAAGUUUCAACAGCAGAGUUGGCAUAUUCGGGUUUAUCAGACUUGGUACUGUGGUCCCUUCCAGAAAGUUUAUUAACACCACUCCUAACACGACUUCGGCUAGAUGAAACAUGCCUGGCAAGUAAGAAGAGCGCAAAGGAGUGGCUUAUGCAGGCGGAUGCUUCACUAAAGAGUGUUGUGGGAAAGGAAGCAUUGCAGUGGCGACGAAAUAACACUUCAUUUCAAGAGGAGACAGCAGUCCGUCAAAAGGGGAGACUUUACUUCUCCAUAAUGAUGGAGAACACAUGCAAUGCGGUGGAAAAAUUGCACAGACUAGAACAGCUGUGGCCAGCAAUGUUAGUAGACAUGAUCAGGAGCACCUUAAUUGAUUAUUCACAGAUAGAAAAUUAUGUAAGGAAUAUUAUGAAUGAUAUUCUCAAGAAUCCAUAAAAAGUAUAACCAAUCCAUAGUGCAAUUUUAAUGAUAAAUGCAACAAAUAUUGUGUUCAAUUCAUACUAAAUUAUAUAAAUCACACUGAAUAAAAGAUAUAUUGAUGUA